GCCACGCUCAUCGGCGUCUUCCCCGACGACGACUCGGCCUCGUUCCACUGCGCGCUGGCGCUCCUGCUGAGACACUCGCUGGUCGACCUCUACAGGCCCAAGUUCCCGAAGCUGGGGGUUGUGGUCUGGCAGUUCGACCGCAUCGUCGAGGGCUUCCUGCCGAAGGUUCACAGCGCGCUCGUGAGUCACGGCGUCAACUCGGAGUACUAUGCGAUACAGUGGUUCCUGACCCUGUUCGCGAGCGACCUCCAGCAGCACGUGGUGAGGCGGGUGUGGGACAGGUUCCUCGUCGCCGGCUGGAGGAUCGUCGUCCAGGUGGGCCUGGCCCUGCUGUACACGGUGCAGGAUAUCCUGCCCACCUUGGACACCUGCCGCGCGUUGACGUUCUUGAAGAGAUUCACGCACGAGAGAAGUUACGACGCUGAGGAGCUGCUGGCCCUGGCGGCGUCGUUCAAGGUGUCGCACCGGAUGCUGUCCGCGCUCGAGGCCGCGUACAACUGGGAGGACGACGUGCAGCUGCUCGUGAUCAAGGACCUCAACAGCGGCGUCGUGCACUGGGCGGUGCAGGCCG